AUGUAUGAUAAGUUAAAAAGACUAAUAAUAUUAAAUAAUUUUCGAAAAACAUGUAAUUUAAAACGGUUAUAUGGGACAGCAGCGAAGCAAAAUAUCCAGGAUACGUUAGUCAUUCAAAAUGUAGAAUAUAAACGAGAUUCUUGGACGAAUGUAACUCCAAAAAUACUAUCUUAUUUGGAUAAAAAUAUUUACCUUAUGAAAAAUCAUCCUUUAAGCUUGAUUCGACAACGAAUAGUAGAUCAUUUUUAUAAAAGCUUUCAAAAUCGUCGUGGUAAUCCAAUUUUUUCUGUUCACGAUCGUCUUUCACCUGUUGUUACUAUAGAACAAAAUUUUGAUAAUUUAUUAAUACCCAAAGAUCAUGUCUCUAGAGCUAAAAACGACUGCUAUUACAUUAAUGAAAAUCAUUUAUUAAGAGCCCAUACAACUGCUCAUCAAGCAGACUUUAUUAGUUCAGGUUUAGAUAAUUUCUUAAUUGUUGGAGAGGUAUACCGCCGUGAUGAAAUCGAUUCAACACAUUAUCCAGUCUUUCACCAAAUGGAUGCAGUUCAUUUAAGAACACAGGAAGAGUUGUUUAAUGGUGAAGAUUUAAACAUUUUUGAGCCAAAACAAUUUCAACGAAAUCAUGGUGAUAGAAAUGAAAAACAAGCGUGCCAUACGAUGGAAGCUGCUAAAUUAAUGGAGCAUAGUUUAAAAUCAACUUUAUUUGGAGUGGCAAAACAUUUAUUUGGAGAAAAUAUUGAACAUAGAUGGGUUGAUCAAUAUUUCCCAUUCACGCAACCAUCUUGGGAGUUGGAAAUUUUUUAUAAUAACGAAUGGUUAGAAGUUUUAGGAUGUGGUAUUAUUCGAAACGAAAUUCUGCAACAUGCUGGUGUUCAUGACAAAAUUGGAUGGGCUUUUGGUUUAGGUUUAGAACGUUUAGCUAUGGUUUUAUAUCAAAUUCCAGAUAUUCGUUUAUUCUGGAGCAAUGAUAGUGGAUUUUUAAGUCAAUUCAAUGUACCUGAUAUAAAUCAAAAUGUUCAAUAUAAGCCAAUUAGCGCUUAUCCACAAUGCAAAAACGAUAUUAGUUUUUGGCUACCUGAAAAUAAUAAGACAGAUAAUUUUAGCUCCAACGAUUUUUAUGAUAUUGUUAGAUCUAUUGGAGGAGAUAUUGUAGAACAAGUAUCAUUAAUCGAUUCGUUUAAACAUCCAAAAUCUGGCAAAACAAGUCAUUGUUAUCGAAUAACUUAUCGUCAUAUGGAACGAACUUUAACACAAGAUGAAGUAAAUCAAAUACAUAAAAAAAUUGAACAAGCUGCUGUUUUGGAUCUAAAAGUUACAAUUCGUUAAUUUAUGUAUCUACAUAAAAAGUUUUAAAUAGGUAUAUGCUAAAUAUUUCAAGUAAUAGGAGUGAUUUCGUAAUGUUUUAUGAAUUUUCGAGUUUCAACACGAAACUGAUGAAAAGUUAAUAAUAUCGGUGGUACCAAGUUGAUUAGAAUGAAAAACCAAAGUCGCAUUCGCUCUUAUCGUUACGCUGAGAGCACACUCAUCCCUUUUAGAAAUUGGCAACAAAAGUUGUCCACUUGUUGGCAUUUACAAUCUGAAUCUCAAUAAUCAAAACUAUCAUUGUCAAUUCGUCCUAUUAGCUCAGUUGGUUGAGGCGUAAUCAAUUCCGUCCGCGGUAUGCUUAGGGUAGCGGGUUUGAUUCCCGCCGUCGCAACACAAU